AGAAAAAUCCCAUGACGCAAUUGAAGAUGACGAACGUGAACAACGACAACGUCAGUCGCAGGCUUCAGAAAAACCCAAUAGAAACCCUAAGCUCAAAAAUUCAUCACCAUCUUCAGUAAUCUUCUCUUACGCAUUAUACCAGAAGGAUUCUAUCCAUGGCUUUAGCUAUCUCUAACGCCUUUCUCUACCCGAAUCCCCGAAUUGCUCGUAGAGAUUUUUCUAUCAAAUUCUCAAAUUAUAAGUUACCAUCUUCAUUUCUCAGAUUUCCUAAGAGAAUUCCACAGAAUAGAGGGGUUAAUUGUUCUGCUUCAUAUGCAGCGGGAAGUUCAAAUUCGGACAGUGACCUAAACCCAUAUGAGAUUCUUGGUGUGAGCCCCAUUGAGGGAUUUGAUAAGAUCAAGGCAACUUAUGCAAGGAGACUCAAGGAUGCUGAGAAGAGUGGUGAUGAAGCUACUGCUGCUCUACUUGAGAAGGCAUAUGACAAACUUAUGCUGUCCCAGUUAACAAAGCGAAAGAAGGGUGUGACUUUUGGUUCCUUUAAGGUCUCAAAGGAUAUCAAAUAUGCUGAUAAGCAGCCUAUUGUACCAUGGGGGCCAAGGUUCACCAAAUCUAGUGUUAAUAAUAUGCGCAUCAACUUGGCAAUAUCGGCCGUAUUUGUAAGUAGAAGUAAAGGGUGAUGAAUCAUCUGUUUCCAU